AUGACCCUCUCUUUCAGAGCCUCAAAACCCUUCUUAAUCCUCAAAACGCGCUUGCCCUUGCCCUCUUCCUUUUCCUUCUGCACAUACGACGCCGUUCCCGACAACAACCGCGAGGUGGUACUUUUCCGUGCCGCGGUUUCCGAACCGGAGGUUCUGGUCCGGGUUCUUAACACGGUUAGACACCGGCCCGUGGCUGCCCUCCGGUUCCUUCGAUGGGCCGAGGGGCAAACCGGGUUCAAGCGAUCUGAAUUGGCGUAUGCCGUUAUUCUCGACAUUCUCGCGCGGAACGGGUUAAUGCGGUCUGCAUAUUGCGUGAUGGAGAAGGUGGUCUCCGUCAGAAUGGAUGGCGUGGUGGAUGUUUUGGCUAACGGCGGGGUAUUUUCUUCCGAGGUAUCUGUUAAGCUUCUGGAUUUAUUGUUUUGGAUUUAUGCGAAAAAGUCGAUGCUUGAGAUGUGCUUGUUGGUGUUUUAUAAGAUGGUUGGUAAGGGCUUGUUGCCCGAUGUGAAGAAUUGCAAUCGGGUUCUAAAAUUGCUUAGGGAUAGCAGCGUGGCGAGGGAGGUUUAUAAUGUGAUGGUGGAGUGUGGGAUUAGGCCUACAACUGUUACAUAUAAUACAAUGUUGGAUUCAUUUUGCAAGCAAGGGGAGGUUCAGCAAGCUCUGCAGCUUUUGCUUCAGAUGCAGAGGAUGGGGUAUUCGGCCAACGAAUUGACUUAUAAUAUUUUGGUCAAUGGUUUGUCUCACGAAGGGGAGUUGGAGCAAGCUGAGGCACUGAUCGAGGAGAUGUUGAAAUUGGGACUCAAGGUUUCGGCUUACACUUAUGACCCCUUGAUUCGCGGGUACUGUGAGAAAGGGCUGCUUGAUGAAGCCUCGAGGCUUGGGGAGGAGAUGUUGAGUAGAGGAGCUUUGCCUACGGUGGUGACGUAUAAUACAAUCAUGUAUGGCCUUUGCAAGUGGGGAAGAGUGAGUGAUGCUAGGCAGUUGUUAGAUGCAAUGGAAGAUAAGAAUCUGAUGCCGGACUUGGUUUCAUACAACACUCUAAUUUAUGGUUACAGCAGGUUGGGAAAUUUAGGGGAGGCUUUUCUCUUAUUUGUUGAGUUAAGAUACAGAAGUCUUGUUCCCAGUGUUGUGACCUAUAAUACACUUAUCGAUGGUCUUUGCAGAUUGGGGGACUUGGAUGUUGCCAGGCGGUUAAAAGAUGAAAUGAUCAAACAUGGGCCUAAUCCCGAUGUAUAUACGUUUACAAUUCUUGUUAGAGGAUUUUGCAUGAUAGGGAACUUGCCAAUGGCUAAGGAAUUAUUUGAUGAGAUGGUGCAUCGAGGUCUGCAGCCAGAUCGUUUUGCAUACAUAACUCGAAUAGUAGGUGAGCUGAAGCUUGGUGACCCAUCUAAGGCUUUUGGUAUGCAGGAAGAAAUGCUAUCCAAAGGCUUUCCUCCUGAUUUGAUUACUUAUAAUGUUUUCAUUGAUGGGCUCCACAAGUUGGGAAAUUUGAAAGAAGCUAGUAAACUUGUGCAGAAAAUGCUCUAUGACGGACUUGUUCCAGAUCAUGUAACCUAUACCAGCAUCAUCCAUGCUCACUUGAUGGCUGGGCAUCUUAGGAAAGCUAGAGUGCUGUUCUAUGAGAUGUUGAGCAAAGGGAUAUUUCCAUCGGUUGUCACUUACACAGUUUUAAUUCAUUCAUAUGCAGCUAGGGAAAAGUUGGAACUAGCCAUUUUGCACUUCUUUGAGAUGCAAGAGAAGGGUGUAUGUCCAAAUGUGAUCACCUACAAUGCUUUAAUCAAUGGACUUUGCAAGGUGAGAAAGGUGGAUCAAGCAUACAAAUUUUUUGCAGAAAUGCAAGCAAAGGGCAUUUCUCCAAAUAAGUAUACUUACACUAUUUUAAUAAAUGAGAACUGUAACUUAGGCCAUUGGCAAGAAGCUUUGAGAUUGUAUAAGGAUAUGCUAGAUAGAGAAAUUCAGCCAGAUUCAUGCACACAUAGUGCCCUGUUGAAGCAUCUAAAUAAAGACUAUAAAUUGCAUGCAGUUUGGCAUCUUGAGAAUGUUAUUGGAGGUACGGAAUAA